AUGUUGCUGAAAGAUCUCCCCAGAGAGGCCCUGAUGCGGCCCUUGUCCAGGAAUGAAGUGAUUGGCAUGUUGGUGAGGCUGAGCAUCUUUGGUGCUGCGACAUACUACAGCAUAAAAUGGGUGGUGGAAGCGAUGGACCCCACCUCUAAACAGAAAAAUCAAGCCAAAAGAAGGGCAGAAGAGCUGAUGAGGAGAAUAGGUGUUGAGGGGGUCAAACUGACAGAGUAUGAGAUGAACAUUGCAUCUCAUUUAGUUGAUCCCCAAACUAUUAAGGUGUCUUGGAGAGAUAUUGCAGGUCUGGAUGAGAUUAUUAAUGAGCUGCAAGACACAGUGAUACUACCCUUUCAGAAAAGACACCUUCUUCCUGACUCUAAACUUUUUCAGCCUCCUAAAGGUGUUUUAUUGUUUGGUCCUCCGGGAUGUGGGAAGACUAUGAUUGCCAAGGCAACAGCCAAAGCCUCAGGGUGCAAGUUUAUCAAUCUUCAGGCAUCCACACUGACUGAUAUGUGGUACGGGGAGUCCCAGAAACUGACCGCCGCUGUUUUCUCUUUAGCUGUCAAAAUUCAGCCUUGUAUUAUCUUUAUUGAUGAAAUCGAGUCAUUUCUAAGAAACCGCUCCAGUCUGGAUCAUGAGGCCACAGCCAUGAUGAAGGCCCAGUUCAUGAGCCUGUGGGAUGGGCUUGACACCUCUCCAACCACCCAGGUGAUGGUGAUGGGAGCCACAAACAGGCCACAGGAUCUGGAUCCUGCAAUUCUGCGAAGGAUGCCUGCCACUUUUCACGUCGGCCUGCCCAACACAAGGCAAAGACAAGACAUCCUCCAGCUGAUUUUAGCAGGAGAAAAUCUGAGUAACGCCAUACAUCUAGAAGAGAUUGCUGAGAAGACCGAAGGAUACUCUGGCAGUGAUCUCCGUGAGCUUUGCCGCGACGCUGCCAUGUACCGGGUCAGGGAUUAUGUCCGCAAAGAACAUAUGAGGCAGAUUGCACAGCAGCUGCAGGACUACCAGGAGGAGGAAAGGCCUGUUGACGAAGAUCGGUUACGGCCGGUGACGCAGCUGGACCUUCUCUUUGGCCUCGACAAGAUGAAGGAAUCCAAGCAGGCCACAUCUACCGUCUUACCCAGUGUAGCAGAGGUUCCCCUGGACUGAGUGCCACUGUUAGGAAAACUCUAUUCACCUUUUUAUUAGCUGUAUGUUCCAACAUAAAAGCAGACCAGUUAAGGAAGGUGCCUUUGGAAAGGCUUGUUAGAAUUCUCCAGGGCAUGGUAACAUUCAGCAUAUCCCCCUACAUGUAACCAGGUGAAAUAUAUGAGAACUGUGCAACACUGGCUGUUAGCUUAAUGCAUGAGAGAACUGUUAAUCACUAUUUGUUUAGGAGCUCAAAGAAAUGAUCAGCAACAAUUUAUAUAAGGUCAAAUGACAUUAACUGUCCUGAGAGUUCAUCUGAAACAGAGCAGCUUAUAAACACAUGACCUGAGGGCACAAUGGCCUUCUGAGCAGAGUACUAACCUGCUCUUUUUAAUCUCUUUCUAAAUCAGCCUUAAGCAUCAUGAAAUAAAGGAAUCGGUUAAAGUCUUACACAUUGUAUUAUUUUAAACAGUUUAUGACAAUUAUUCUUUAGUACUAGUAUUUACACAUAAGAUCUAAAUUUGACUCCAUUUACAAUACCUACCACUUUCUUUCAACAAACUCUCCACCCCUUAACUGGACUCUUUAUAUCUUUAUUUAUUAUUGUUCCAUCUAUGUUAAUGCCUCCCAAAUUGUCGGGUGCAUCCCCACAAUAUAUGUCUAUCAGAAUGUCCGACUCAAACUCGCGAUGUGUGCUUUUACUUUUAUUUGGCAUUUUGAGUUACCAUGGACUCUCAAAAUAAGACCUGAACAAACUCUACAAAAUAAAAGCUUUCAUAUUUUGCGCAGCACAUCAUUGCAGCAUUGGACUUAACAAUACUGCUGGCACUCAACCAGUGCUGGAAAUGAGACUAAGUUGGCCUUUUAAGAUAAAGCUUACUGCAACUUUCAAAAUAAAAGCCUUAGAUUUCCAUAGCUACUAUCUAAAUUGUUAUCUGAUAAAAGAGUACACAGUGAUUUCAGCAUAGGAUAAAGGUUGCAGAUGACUAAUGGACCCAUACCAAAGUGAAACUAUGCUGGACAUUCAAAAUAAGACCUAGACCUAAACCUCUACAAAAUAAAUGCCUUCAUAUUUAACAGAGCAAUUCAUUGCAGAAUUAGGGCAUAUAGUAGUGCUUGAACUCAAUCUGUGAUGGAAAUGGUUUUACUUUAUCCCUUUAAAAUAAAGCUUACUGAUAUUUUCAAAAAUAAAAACCUGAACACCCCAUAGUUUGUUUUUGCAUUUGAAACCUAUAAUGGAAUAUAAUGUGAUUUUAGCAUAGUGCUUACACUUAGGACGUAAUCUUAUAUUAGCCUAAUGCAACUGUUGAAACAAGACCAUGUCUUGGCCUUCCAUAAUCAUCCCUGAGAGCAUCUUAAUUCAGAUUCAGAAACACAGGUGGAUGAUGGAUUUCAUAUAUGCCAUAUAUUAACAGACUGCUAAAUCAGAUUAACACAGACACAGAUGUUCAUAUACAGGUGACCUCUGACCCACGCAAGAUGGUGUAACAGACGCAAGGACUUUCAUGUCAUUUGAAGCCUUAUCUGCGGCCAUCUGGUCAGUGUGUAAAAUGGAUCUGCUGUGGGUGUCAUGCAGCUGUUUCUCUGGCACCCACUGAGCACGCUGGGCCAUGUUCAUCAUUCCCCCAUGUGGUGGCGAUGUAGAUUCACUAUUCUGUUACUGAGGCAGCUGUUAUUUUAUUUAAAGCCAUGUUAUUGCACUAUGGGAAAUAAAUGAGAUGCUGUCUUGUUUCUCCCUUAUUUGUUUAUCCAGUGAUCUUGAGACAUCUGUUGUCCUUCAUUAAAGAACCUCAGGUGACAGUUAAUGGUCAGAAUGAUGCCAUGUGAGCCACUGCUCCUCGUGAACUUAACUCAAAUUUCAAAAACUCGGUGCAAUAUCACUGAUGAGGUCCUUCAUCAGUUACGCAGUGUAGACACUCCCCAUUAUUUACACAGAGAUCAUACGUUAGAUAUUUUGUGAAAAUGUAUUCAAUGUGAAAUAUUAAAUAUGUUCUGUAAAUCAUAUUUAUUAAAUUUUAUUGAAAAACA